AUUCAAAUCCCUUCCUGAUGUCAAGUGGCGCCCCCGUCCCCCAGAUUAUUCCCACGAGCCUGUAAUGCCCUGACUUCUUCCAAUGUCACCUACAGCCCCCCUGGACUCAGCGAAGCCACAAACUUUAAUGGACAGGAAAAGUCUGGAUUGGUUUCACAGGCCUUUUAAAAAGCAGACUUAAAAGUUGCUGGCAACGCAUUCCUGCCCAGUCUGACUGGACAGCAAGCUUUCUGUGAAAUCUGAGUGACCUGUGUGUCUUCCGGAGAGCAGCUAGGGUGGAGAAACCAAGAUAGGGGAAUGGUGACUUCCACAGGAAAAGUUUUGGAGAAGCAUCUGAAGAUGGUCAACGUUUCCUUUAUGCUUGGGAAUAGAAAUGAAUUUAGUGUCGUUGGUACUUUUCAGCAACUCCUGUGAAUAUUUCAGUUUUAAGUUUUUCUUCUCGAGAAAGAAACUCAGUACGUAUAGUAUACUUAAAAUCAAGAAACCUUUGGGUUGCAGCGUAAUUAAAAUUGAUACACUGUGGAAAUCAUUGGAACUCUUGUUUACAUGUGUCAAUCUGAACUCUGCUCCCUUUUUUUGUGGAAGACAUUUUUCUGAGAUUGGCCUCAGUUGCUGUCUUGGGGAGCUGCAGUGAAUGUGAAAGCCCACUGACUGUUCUGGAAGAUCUUGAACCCUCUUCUGGCAAGGGGUACCUAUCAUUGCUUUAUGGGGCAGCAGCCUGGAAAACUUCUUGGGGACCAAAGAAGGCCGAGUUUGCCUGCCCUGCAUUUUAUCAAAGGAGCAGGGAAAAAGGAAUCAUCAAGGCAUGGGGGUCCACACUGCAAUGUUUUUGUGGAACAUGAAGCCCUGCAGAGGCCAGUAGCAUCUGACUUCGAGCCCCAAGGUCUGAGAGAAGCUGCUCGCUGGAACUCCAAGGAAAACCUCGCCGGGCCCAGUGAAAAUGACCCCAACCUUUUUGUUGUACUGUAUGACUUCAUGGUCAGUGGCGACAACACUCUAAGCAUCACCAAAGGUGAAAAGCUCCGGGUCUUGGGCUACAAUCACAAUGGGGAGUGGUGUGAAGCCCAAACCAAGAAUGGCCAAGGAUGGGUCCGGAGCAACUACAUCAUGCCUGUCAACAGCCUGGAGAAGCAUUCCUGGUACCAUAGGCCUGUGUCCCGCAAUGCCGCCUAGUACCUGCUGAGCAGCGGGAUCAAAGGCAGCUUCCUGGUGCGGGAGAGCGAGAGCAGCCCUGGCCAGCACUGUUCCAUCUCGCUGCACUACGAGGGCCGGGUGUACCACUACAGGAUCAACAUCGCCUCCAAUGGCAAGCUCUACGUCUCCUCCGAGAGCUGCUUCAACACUUUGGCCGAGCUGGUUCACCACCAUUCCAUGGUGGCUGACGGGCUCAUCACCACCCUCCACUACCCCACACCCAAGCACAACAAGCCCACGGUCUACAGCAUGUCCCCCAACUACGACAAGUGGGAGAUGGAGCACACGGACAUCACCAUGAAGCACAAGCUGGCCGGCGGCCAGUAUGGAGAGGUGUACAAGGGCAUGUGGAAGAAGUACAGCCUCACUGUGGCCAUGAAGACACUGAAGGAGGACACCAUGGAGGUGGAAGAGUUCUUGAAAGAGGCUGCAGUGAUGAAGGAGAUCAAGCACCCCAAUCUGGUGCAGUUGCUCGGGGUCUGCACUCAGGAGCCCCUGUUCUACAUCAUCACCGAGUUCAAGACCUAUGGGAACCUGUUGGACUACCUGCGGGAGUGCAACCGGCAGGAGGUGACCGCCAUGAUGCUGCUCUACAUGGUCACACAGAUCUCCUCAGCCAUGGAGUACCUGGAGAAGAACUUCUUCAUCCACAGGGAUCUGGCUGCCCGAAACUGCCUGGUAGGGGAAAACCACUUGGUGAAGGUGGCAGACGUUGGCCUGAGCAGGCUGAUGACAGGGGACACCUACACAGCCCAUGCCAGAGACAACUUCCCCAUCAAGUGCACUGCGCCUGAGGGCCUGGCCUACAACAAGUUCUCCAUCAAGUCCAACAUCUGGGACUGUCUUGCGUUCGGAGUACUGCUUUGGGAAAUUGCUACCUAUGGCAUGUCACCGUACCCCAGAAUUGACCUGUCCCAGGUGUAUGAACUGCUGGAGAAAGACUACCGCAUGGAGCGCCCGGAAGGCUGCCCAGAGAAGGUCUACGAACUCAUGCGAGCAUGUUGGCAGUGGAAUCCCUCCGAGCCGCCGUCCUUUGCUGAAAUCCACCAGGCCUUUGAAACCAUGUUCCAGGAGUCCAGCAUCUCGGAUGAAGUGGAAAAGGAGCUGGGAAAGCAAGGUGUGCGAGGGGCUGCGAGCACCUUGCUGCAGGCCUCUGAGCUGCCCACCAAGACGAGGACCUGCAGGAGAGCAGCCGAGCACAGAGAGGCCCCCGAUAUGUCUGAGACGCCCCACGCCAAGGCCCAGGGAGAGAGUGAGCCCCUGGACCACGAGCCUGCCGUGUCUCUGCUGCUCCCCCAGAAAGAGCGAGCUGCCCCAGACGGAGGCCAGAAUGAGGACGAGCGCCUCCUUUCUAAAGAAAAGACCAACCUGUUCAGCGCCCUGAUCAAGAAGAAGAAAAUGGCCCCAAGCCCUCCCAAGCGCAGCAGCUCCUUCCGGGAGAUGGACGGCCAGCCCGAGCGGGGGCCAGCCGAGGAGGACGGCCAGGAAGUCAGCAAUGGGGCGCCGGCCCUCCCCACCUGCGACGCUGCUGAGCCUGCCAAGUCGCCCAAGCCCAGCAACGCAGCUGGCGUCCCCAACGGAGCCUUCCGGGAGUCGGGGGGCUCGAGCUUCCGUUUUCCCCACCUGUGGAAAAUGUCCAGCACGCUGACCAGCAGCCGCUUAGCAGCUGGUGAAGAGGAGGGCGGUGGCAGCGCCAGCAAGCGCUUCCUGCGGUCCUGCUCCGCCUCCUGCGUGCCACACGGGGCCAAGGACACCGAGUGGCGGUCCGUCACGCUGCCUCCGGACCUGCAGUCCACCGGGAGACAGUUCGACUCGUCCACCUUCGGAGGGCACAAGAGCGAGAAGCCGGCUCUGCCUCGGAAGUGCGCGAGUGAGAACAGACCGGAUCAGGCCGCCAGAGGCAGGGAUGGGCAACCUUAAUCCUAGCAUCACACUAUAAAUCAAUCCCAGCAUUACAUCCUUGA